UUGGAAAAUAGGGAAAACUUUGCUUUAAAUACUGUAUAACUUUUAUCAGUUUGAACCUGCGAGUUUUUUCUUGUCGAAUUUUCAAAGUUGGCAACGUUAUGUCACACACUCGGCCACUUGUGCACUUUUGUGUUUCUCAGGGCAUUUCUCAGCAACCCAGACAGAUGUCGGAAUGAAAGUUUCACUGGAAAAAAGGGAAAACUUUGCUUUAAAUACUGUAUAACUUUUAUCAGUUUGAACCUGCUAGUUUUUUCUUGGCAAAUUUUCAAAGUUGGCAACGUUAUGUCGCAGACUCAGCCACUUGUGCACUUUCGAGUUCUUCAGGGCAUUUCUCGACAACCCAGACAGAUGUCGGAAUGAAAGUUUCACUGGAAAAAAGGGAAAACUUUGCUUUAAAUACUGUAUAACUUUUAUCAGUUUGAACCUGCUAGUUUUUUCUUGGCAAAUUUUCAAAGUUGGCAAAGUUAUGUCGCAGACUCAGCCACUUGUGCACUUUCGAGUUCUUCAGGGCAUUUGUCGACAACCCAGACAGAUGUCGGAAUGAAAGUUUCACUGGAAAACAGGGAAAACUUUGCUUUAAAUACUGUAUAACUUUUAUCAGUUUGAACCUGCCAGUUUUGUCUUGGAGAAUUCUCAAAGUUGGCAACGUUAUUUCGCACACUCGGUCACUUCUGCACUGUGAAUGAAAAUUUCAUGAAAAUUUCCUGAAAACACUGUAGUUUUUUAAUAAUGAUUUCUCAAACUUUGCAAUUCUGACGACUUCUGAACUUCGCUCUUCUGCAGAGAAUUCCUCAAUAAUCCGGGAAUAAGAGGAAGCUUUUCUUUAAAUGCCGUGUGAAGUUGAUCAUUCGGGAUCAUCCAGUUUUUUCAUCAUCAGUACUUGCGGGACUUGGGAAGUAAAGGGAUCAUCUUUCGUAGCUUAAAUGGACCAAUAAUUUUUGGAGGAAAAAUUUCCUGUCUUUUUCCAACUUCAAAAAUUGUUGGUCCGUUUAAGCCACAAAAAAUGGUCCCUUAAGUUGCUAAAGUUAUUUUGCAACAACGCCGUGUCAGUUUUCCUUAGAACAUUUGCCAUUGUUUCCCAAUAAUCAAAGAAAUUUUCCAGUUUUAAACCAUUAAAGAAAUACCAUAUAUAAAAAUAUAAACUCCAAUUUUUGCUGUAGAGUUCUAAACGAAUCACUGCAACCGGCAACACCGCCAGGCUUCGUGUAUAAAUACGACGCACAAGCGGGAAAUUCUUCAUUCCUUCGUGAUUCGUGGCUUUGUAUCGACUCGUGUUCUGUUCAGGUCUUAACCUCGUGCUCUCAAGUACUCAUAUAAACCGGUUAGUGUUGCUAAACGUAAACAAUAAUUAAUUUUUGUUCGGCUUACAGAAAAAUCAAAAACAAUUCGUGCAUCUGUGCAACUAUUCGGUGUUUGCCCCAGUUUAGUACACGUACUGUUUAUCGUUUUGUGAAAAGUGUUCCGCUGUUCAGUGUAGAAUGUCGCAAAUCGGAAAAUCUUCCCAAGGGAAAGCCAAUGGAAAGAACUCCGGCUCCAAGAAGGGUCAAAAGGUGAAAAACAACCAACCAGCGGUGAGCUCUCCGGCCAAGAAGAGCAAACUCAGUGAAGAUCGGAACAGCAAGCUAAAACAGCUCCAGAUACAGAGAAUGCAGUUGCCCAUUUACCUUCAUAAGAAUGAGUUGAUGGAGGUGAUUGAAGACUCUAAAAGCUUGGUGAUUGUGGGAGAGACGGGCUGUGGAAAAACGACCCAAAUUCCCCAAUAUAUCGAUGAAGACAAUCUGACUAGACCUGGUAAAAUCGCCAUCACUCAGCCUAGAAGAGUAGCUGCUAUUAGUGUUGCGACGAGAGUUGCUCAGGAGUAUGGCCUAGAUAUGACUGUUGGAGGCCAUGUUGGUUAUUCGGUACGAUUUGAGGACGUUACCUCACCCAAGACAAAAAUCAAGUUCCUGACUGAUGGAAUGCUGUUGCGCGAAGCACUUAAAGACCGAUUGCUGUGUGACUAUCGUGUGGUGAUACUGGAUGAGGCGCACGAGAGGACGAUUCAUACGGAUGUGCUCUUUGGCAUCGUAAAAGAAGCCCAACUGAUACGCGAAGUGAAAAAACUGCCGCGCCUGAAGAUAAUCGUUAUGUCGGCCACAAUGGAUGUAGACCACUUUGCCAAUUAUUUCAAUUGCCAAGUGGUUUACCUCGAAGGGCGAACGUACCCUCUGAAUAUCCGCUACACCACACAUGCACAAGAGGACUAUCAAACCGCCUGCAUCUAUACGUUCUUCCGAAUCCACCAAGUAACUCCUCCGGAGGAUGCCGUUCUGAUCUUCCUCACUGGGCAGGAGGAGGUGGAGCAUUGCGCACAUCAGAUCAGGCUACUAGCAAAGGAGGUGGACGGACCUCCUGUCAAGGUGUGCCCACUCUACGCUUCUCAAACUGGACUGCAGCAAAUGAACGUCUUCAAUGGGACCCCAACAGGAACGCGCAAAGUGGUGAUCAGCACCAACAUUGCGGAAACCAGCAUUACGAUUCCCGGCAUCAAAUUCGUCAUUGAUUCUGGAAUGGUGAAAGUGAGAACAUUCUGCCCGUCAACUGGACUCGAAGUUCUGAAAGUGCAGCGAGUGUCCCAAGAACAGGCCAUUCAAAGAGCUGGCAGAGCCGGUAGGGACUCGGAAGGAUUCGUUCUUCGUCUUUACACCAAUGAACAGUUUAAGAGGAUGCGACCCAGCUCGAUCCCGGAAAUUCAACGUGCCAACCUGAACUCAGUGGCCCUCCAGAUGUUCGCUUUAGGAGUUCGAAUGUCGGACUUCGAUUUUAUGGAUUCGCCACCAAAAAAUGCAAUCAACGCCGCUUUUGUUCAAUUGAAACUACUGGGCGCGAUUGACAGUGUCUCUGAGUCGAUCACGCUGACCGAAUUGGGAAAGAAGAUGGUCAAGUUUCCGCUGGAUCCAAGAUUUAGCAAAAUCCUCAUUAUGGCAGAUCAGUUCGGAUGUCUGAAGGAAGCAAUCACGGUGGUGGCACUGAUGUCAAGCGACUCGAUCCUUCUGAAUCCCCCAUCAAAAAAAGAACAAGUGCAGGAGGCGAGGGAAAAGUUCCGCUCUCCAUAUGGCGACCACUUGACGCUCCUGAACAUCUACAGGGCGUACGAGAAUCUAAAGAAAGAUACUGAAAAGAACUGGUGUCAGGAACAUUUCCUGAACACCCGCAAUCUUCUGUAUGUUAAAGAAGUUCGAACUCAACUAACCGAAAUUUGCAAAAGUAAUGGACAGAAGCGAUCGUCAUGCGGUGGCCAUUUAGAUCAACUCAGAAAAUGCCUCCUAGCCGGGUUGUUCAUGAAUUUCGCGGAAAUUCACGGAGAUACUACGUUGCGACGCGAAAAGCAGUAUCUGACGCUGGACAAAGGACAGGCAGCUUUGAUCCACCCCAGUUCGGUCCUCUACGGAAUCCAACCAGCCUACUUACUCUUCACCGAAGUGGUUCGCACCUCCAAAUGCUACUUGAGAAACCUGACGAUCGUCGAAGGCGAAUGGCUGAACGAAGUGGCCCCCGAAUACGCUGCCAGCCGGAACUUCAAGUUCAACAACUAAUCUUAAGACAGUGCUACGAGCACGUAAAGGCGCGAAUACAUGGAAAGAGGCAAGUUUUGUACAUGUUAAUGUUGUAAAUAGUCACUCAUUUAAGCCUCAAUUCGACGUCUUCGCGCCUUCUUUUUUGUGAUAAAAGAAGCUUUGAUGAGACAUUGAAGCUUUUUUUAAAUUUUAUAUGUACAAAUGUUUUUCAACUGAAGGCUUAGCACAGAAAAGAAUCGCCUUUUUUGCUUACUUCUCCCCCAAAUAUGGCGCAUGUUUAGGUGAACUUUACGCUUGCAACGCGCUGUUCAAACUCUUUGAUUUUUCAUGUACAAAUUAAUGUAAAAACCUUAAUCGUCUCCAGUGAUUUGUUAGUUACAUUAAGUAAUUAGUGUAUAGUACAAUAUAGUAUUAAGUACAAGUGACUACUUUUUUAUAUAGAAAUGCAAUUCAUUGAGGCUUAACUCAAUUCGACGCAUUCGCGCCUUAAUUUUUGUGAUAAAAGAAGCUUUAAUGAGAAACUAGUCUUUUUAUCUUAAUUACUAAUGUUUAAUACUUUUGUCUUACCUAAUAAUCGUUAAUGAUAAAUUAAAGCUUCUUUUAAAAUUUAUAUGUACAAAAUUUUUUCAACUAAAGCCUUUAAGGAAGAAUCUCGCCUUUUUUUGCUUACUUCCUCCCCAAAUAUGGCGCAUUUUAGGUGAACUUUACGCGCUCUUCAAACUCUGCAUUUUUUAUGCACAAAUUAAUGUAAAAAACCUUAAUCGCCUCAAGUGAUUUGUAAGUUACAUUAAGUAAUUCGAGCACCAAACCAAACUAUUUCUGGUGGAAAUGGUGAAUGUUCUGACGAUUCAAUUUAAUUGUAAGUGACAACUUUUUUUAUAUAGAAAUGCAAUUCAUUGAGGCUUAACUCAAUUCGGCGCAUUCGCGCCUUAAUUUUUGUGAUAAAAGAAGCUUUAAUGAGAAACUAGUCUUUUUAUCUUAAUUACUAAUGUUUACUACUUUUGUCUUACCUAAUAAUCUUUAAUGAAAAUUUAAAGCUUCUUUUAAAAUUUAUACGUACAAUUUUUUUUCAACUAAAGCCUUUAAGGAACAAUCUUGCCUUUUUUUUCUUACUUCCUCCCCAAAUAUGGCGCAUUUUAGGUGAACUUUACGCGCUCUUCAAACUCUGCAUUUUUUAUGCACAAAUUAAUGUAAAAAACAUUAAUCGUCUCAAGUGAUUUGUAAGUUACAUUAAGUCAUUCGAGCACCAAACCAAACUAUUUCUGGUGGAAAUGGUGAAUGUUCUGACGAUUCAAUUUAUUUAUAAGUGACAACUUUUUUUUAUAUAGAAAUGCAAUUCAUUGAGGUUUAACUCAACUCGACGCAAUCGCGCCUUAAUUUUUGUCAUAAAAGAAGCUUUAAUCAGAAAUUAGUCUUUAUCUUAAUUACUAAUGUUUACUACUUUUGUCUUACCUAAUAAUCUUUAAUGCGAAAUUAAAGCUUCUUUUAACAUUUAUAUGUACAAAUUUUUUUGAACUAAAGCCUUUAACUAA